AAGAACGAGCAAAAAUGCAGACUACACCAUCUAGCCGGUCGCAAACACUGUGUGGGAAGAUGAUUCGUACUCUGUCCAGUAAUUACCAACCAUCGAGGAAUGUCGAGCCACAUGUUUGCUCGACUGCAAUUGCGUUGAAGUGAUAUACAACAUCGGCGAGUGCAAAAAGCAAGGCCUCCCUCUGAGAUUCGGCAGGAGAGACCUCGCCAAUUCGAACAUAGUUUCCAUCAAGCUGAGUACAGCUACGUCGGAUGCAAAUGCACCGAAGUGAAUUAAAAAACUGAUCAGGAUUGACAUUUUGGUUGUGAGUGUCUCGUUGAUGGCUUUGGCGUUGAUAAUUCUAGUCACUCUUCGGGUCCUCGUUUACCGGAACAGGCUCCCGGGACAUCAAAUGUAUCCAGAGCAUGGAGUAAGCAUUGGAUGGAUAGAGGAUGUUGGACCGAGACGCUUCACUUAUGAGGAGCUCAAGGAAGUGACCAAGGAUUUCAAGGACGAGAUCGGUAACGGGGCAUUUGGAACAGUUUACAAAGGCACGCUGCUGAAUCGUCGAAAAGCGGCAGCCAUCAAGAGGCUUGAGAACAUCUCUUCUGAUGGGAACAUUGAAUUCCGAACCGAGGUGAAAAUCAUCGGGAGGAGUCAUCACCGGAAUUUGUUCUGCCUGCUUGGUUAUUGUGAGGAUGGAUACAACAGGCUUUUGGUGUAUGAAUAUAUGACCAAUGGCUCACUCGCGGAUCUGCUCUUUACGCCCGAAAGACAGCUUCAUUGGGAAGAAAAAAUGGGCAUUGCUCGCUAUAUAGCCGGAGGCCUCCUUUACCUCCACAAGGAGUGUGAGACGCAAAUCAUCCACUGCAAUAUAAAGCUUCACAACAUACUACUCGACGAGAAUGGAAGGGUGAAAAUAUCUGAUUUCGGACUGUCGAAGAUGUUGAAGCCGUAUCAGACCAAGACCAUGACUGGAAUGCGGGUAACCAGAGGGUACAUUGCGCUGGAGUGGCACAAGAAAUUACAAUUGACAGUGAAAGCCGACAUCUACAGCUUCAGGAUUGUGUUACUGGAGAUAAUUUGCAACUGGAGGAGCCUGGAUUGGCACCGCUCUGAGGAUGAAGCGAUUCUCGAAGAAUGGGUUUAUGGAUGCUUUUAGGCCGGUGGGCUGGCAAAGCUAGUGGACUCCGAGGAGGUCGAAACAAAGCAACUGGGGAGGGUGGUUAAAGUAGGACUGUGGUGCGUCCUGGAAGGGCCAUCGCUUCGUCCGUCCAUGAGGAAGGUGUUGCUGAUGCUCGAAGGCACCGUGGACAUCCCCAUACCGCCUUCUCGGACUUCCUUCCUCAGUUCCAUG